CAGCCCCUUUUGAGUACACUACUUUGGACUUGUUUGGUCCAUAUUUUGUCAGAGACUCAGUAAGACGACGAGUGAAGAAGAAAGUUUGGGGCGUGGUUUUUAGCUGUAUGGCCUCAAGAGCAGUUCAUGCAGACAUAGUUGAAGAUCUGUCAACUGAGGGCUUCCUGAAGGCAUACCAGCGGUUUACUGCCCUGAGGGGUCACCCCAAGAAACUCUGGUCUGACCAGGGGACCAAUUUCGUGGGAGCUAAACCUGCGCUGAAGGAGCUCUAUGAUUUCCUUGCGGGUAUCGACAAAGACGAGAUCCAAAGAAAGGCAGCCGUAGUUGGGUCUGACUGGAUGUGGGAGUUUAGUCCAGCGGACUCCCCACACCGGAAUGGAGCAGCAGAGGCAGCUGUUCGCGUGUUGAAAAGGGCGUUGAGUAACGUUGGUGAGGAGGGAAACUUGACUGCUCUGGAAUUCCAAACCCUCCUCUAUUUGGCGGCCAACCUCACCAAUGAGAGGCCUAUCGGGGCCAGAGCUCAAAUUCAGGAAGAAAUUGUAGAUGUGUUGACACCAAACUCUUUGUUGUUGGGUCGGGCAGGGCCCAGGGGCGACAACAUGGGUUUUGAGUUCCCUGCCUACCCAUUCAGUCGUCUACGUGCAGUCCAGGUGGAAGUGGACAAGUUUUGGAGACGCUGGAGUCAGUUGGCCGGGCCGCACCUGUUUGUUCGGCAAAAAUGGCAUGCCCCGGCGAGAAAUGUUUCUGUUGGGGACCUUGUCUGGGUGGCAGAUCAGAACGCACUUAGGGGUCGUUUCAAGCUGGGCCGCGUGGAGGAGGCAGAUCCGGAUCACCUAGGUGUUGUUCGAGAUGUCAAAGUAAGGAUUUGUUGUAGUCGUCCCAUCAACUGGUCUCAGGCAAGGAAGGACAGGGAACCAUGUCAUUCCACCAUUCUCCACAGGGACGUAAGGAGGUUGGUGGUGUUACUGCCAGUAGAGGAGCAAGAGGAACGUGGUUCAUCCCCCUGAGUACCCAGGAGAUACUUGCAGAUUGGGGACUCUUGGGUGUGGGGACCAGGCCCAACCUGUUUAAAACACUGUUAUAAGACUUUUUGUUUUCUAUAUUAGUGUUUAUUGCUACUGGUUAUUGUGGCCUACUUAGUCUGGCACGUAGCCCAAGUGGGAGGUGUGUGGUUUUUUCCCAUAUUACUAACAUGCCAAUUUGUUUGUUGUGAUUUAUUAUCAGCCAGACUCAUAUUUGCUUUAAAUGACAAAUUUAUUUAAGACGGAGUGAUUUAUCUAAGUCUGGGAUGGUAUGUGUUAACGGCCGCUCAUAGAUCCUACCUGCCGGAUCUUCUUUUCAUUGAUAUCGCUGUUAUGACUGAUGAAGCCGAGCUGUUGAUUACCUGGCAUCUGUAAAGGCACGGUUACUGUACUGGUGUUAGUUUAUGGUUGUGGAAUAAACUUAUAAAAGGCAGCAAUCAGAUGUCCGAGCCUGAGUACGACACAGUUUCAUCAGUUAAAACACACCCUUACGGUGGGAGUUUGCUAAAUUAAAGGUAGUUAACUUAG